UAAAGGAGCGAGCUAGCUCCAAAGUCAGAAUUGAGAUUGAGGAGACUACUGUGAGUGGAUCCUUCAAUAUGUACUUUUUGACGCACAAUAUAGCUCUGGGAUACAGAAAUCAUACUAAUAUUGUUAUGAGGGUAAAUUUCAUUUUACAAGCCUGUAGAUUCAUCACUGCAUCCUUUUUUAGAAAUUAUUGCCAAAGAUGCAAGCAUAAUCAGCAUAUGUGGCAAUGCAUCCAUAAUCCAGGUAUUAUCUAAAUUCAACCAAUACUUGAUUGGUCCCCACUUUGUUAUCUAAACUGACCUACAAAGUGAUACAUACAACUGCAAUUUCUAAGCAAGUGCUUCACAUACCAGUAAGCUAAAUUUAGUAACGUGAAAGCAACAAUGUUAUUUUAAGCUUUUCCAAUAUGCAAUAACAUCCAGGAGGACAAUGGCAUGGUCUUUUAACAGGCUUACGCAUAUCACUAGGUGCGCAGUUCUCCUAUUAAUGAUUACUGACCAUUUGUCUAAGAUAUCAUCUAUAGAUUCCAAAGAUACUGAUCCAUCAGUUUUAGUGAAUGGGCAUUUUGAUAGUCCCCUUUCUUCCCCUGGUGCUGGUGAUUGUGGUUCAUGUGUUGCAUCUAUGCUGGAAAUUGCAAGACUAAUUGUGGAUUCUGGAUGGACUCCCUAUCAGCCGGUUAUUUUCCUUUUUAAUGGUGCUGAGGAACUUUUUAUGUUGGGUUCACAUGGGUUCAUGAAGAUGCAUAAAUGGCAUGACACAAUUGGAGCUUUUAUAAAUGUGGAGGCAUCUGGGACUGGAGGGCCUGAUUUAGUUUGCCAAUCUGGACCCAGUUCCUGGCCUUCUAAUGUCUAUGCAGAAGCGGCCGUAUACCCCAUGGCUAAUAGUGCAGCUCAGGAUGUUUUUCCUAUUAUUCCUGGAGAUACAGAUUACCGAAUAUUUUCCCAAGACUAUGGGAAAAUCCCUGGGCUUGAUAUUAUCUUUCUCCUUGGUGGUUAUUUUUACCAUACCUCCUAUGAUACAGUAGAAAGAUUAUUACCUGGAAGCAUCCAAGCACGUGGUGAAAAUUUGUUCAGCAUGAUCAAGACUUUUACCAAUUCUUCUAAGCUACAAAAUACCUAUCAAACAAAUUCUAGUGAAGUUACUGCUAGCACAUUCAAGGAUGAGCGGGCUGUAUUCUUUGACUAUUUCUCAUGGUUUAUGAUAUUUUAUUCCAGAAGGGUAGCUAAAAUUCUUCACAGUAUUCCUAUCUUUUUCUUCUUUGUUGUGUCCUUCGUACAUGGUAGGUCGCAUUCUUGGCCGGCAACUUUUUGUGAUUUUAUAAAAGGUUUACUGUUCCAUGCAGUUGGGAUUAUAUUGGCAAUUGUUGUGCCUGUUGCAUUUUCUAUACUGAGAUUACUAUUCUCUUCUCAGACAAUGAAUUGGUUUGCUCAUCCGCACUUGGCUUUCAUGAUGUUUAUACCCUGUUCACUAAUUGGACUUUUAAUUCCAAGAAUUAUUUGGAGAAGCUUUCCUCUUUCUCAAGAUGUUUCAAUUGGCAAGAGAUCAGAAGAGGCACUAUCUGAUGAAGCUAGGUUCUGGGGAGCAUUUGGGUUCUAUGCUGUAUUAACUUUGGCUUAUCUUGUAGCUGGGUUGAGUGGAGGUUUUGUGACUUUUUUUGUGUGUGCUUCCAUGCUUCCUGCAUGGUUAUCCUUCUGUUUCUCAGUAAAAUUCUUUGGACGACAGUCACUCAGGUCAACAAUGUUUUACAUAUUACCUCUAGUUCCAUGCCUUGCAUAUGCUGUUUAUUUUGGUGGCUUUCUUGCCCAGUUUGUGAUUGAGAAGAUGGGCAUGAUGGGUUCUCUUCCUCUACCAUAUGGACACUAUGUUCCUGACGUUAUUGUAGCUGCAUUAAUUGGAACUGUGACUGGUUGGUGCACAGGCCCUCUAAUGCCUGUAUGUGGUCGUUGGUUAGCCAGGUCAUCCAUCUUGCAGUUUCUGCUGCAUCUUAGUGUAUUUGCUUUGGCGUUAUCAUCUCAGUUCUUUCCUUACACCGUGUCUGCACCUAAGAGGAUUGUUUUUCAGCAUACUUUCCAUACUGCAGGCUCAAGUCAGAUUGUGGAAUCCACUUAUGAUUUGUCUAUAAUUGAUUCCAAUUCUUUUCUUUUCCUUUUCAAACACUCACCUGACGUGGCAAAAGAACUGAAUGUUACUUCGGAGUUUUCAUUUGAAUCUGCAUCAUUGUCGAAACGCCAUGAAUGGAUGGCAAUUUUUCCAGUUUCUUCUCUCUUUUCAAAUAGUCUGAAGUUCCCUGCUAAAGGGGAUGAUGUUUUGAAACAGUAUGAAUUCUUUCCCAAAUUGUUUCUUCAAAAUCCAUCUUUAAAUUCUGAAAAGGGACCGAGAAGGGUGCACUUGGAGCUUUCUUUAGGUUCCUUGGAAGAGGUCUGGGUUGCGGUUCUCAACAUCACUGGUCCUUUAUCAAAUUGGUCAUUUGCAGAUAAUGUUCUUCCAGGAACUGAAAGUUAUGAUGGUGGUCCACAAUCAUAUAUAUGUCGGCUUAGUGGAGCUAGUGAUGAAAACUGGACCUUCUGGUUGGAGGCUAACAGCUCUGAAGCAUUAAGAGUGGACCUUGCAGUUUUAGACCAAAAGUUGUUUGGUCCAGCUAAGAGAUUGAAGGAUCUUUUCCCGGACUGGGUCGAUGUUGUUGCCUAUUCUAAUUUUAUGUCUAGUUAUAUCUUCUAAUUCUUAAUAAAUUAGUCUUGUAAAGAUAUUUUUCUUGUUUCAA